CGGACCAGCCUCGUCCCUAAAUGAAUUCUUCGUCCAUUCAUGUAUGCCAUUGGGCGCCUCGACUGGUCAGAUGAACGAUUCCCUGCCAUCUGGAUCAGCUCGAGAACCGCACCGUGAUUCGAAACCAUUGGUUGCCAACACAUGGCCCAAGGGCGCAUAUUUUGGGCGUCCUCGCUCCCCCCACCACCCACUACAACGGUAUAGCGACAGGCGCCCUCCUACCCUUGACCGGCCUGACCGAGACGCAUGCUGCUAUCGCAGCUGUCGUCCAUCCUCUUCGCGCUUGCGGCAGCUACGGUUGGAGCACACGCGCAACAAACAGUCCGAAUUCCGAGCACAUCGGCCGAUAUCGAUUAUAGUCCGGCGCUUUGCAACGCGAGUGUGUCAGAGUCGUGCUCUGGUGUAUGGCAGGUUCUGAGCGAUGUUCCCAACACGUCUGUUGUCGCAACCUAUGGACCAGCCAACGCAACUGGUGACAUCAUACCACAAGCCUUCUUCAGCUUCCGAGCGUCCUCUGUCCAAGUGAGAACAUCCCCCUACUCCAAUGCGACCAUAAACUUCACCCUCUCCGCCCCGUCAACCGGUGUCUUCGUUACCAAAGAGAUCCAGUCCGACGUUCAGCUCAUCGUUGGCGCCGACAUACCCGAUACCCAGGUUACGACCCUCGGCAUCACGUUUAUACCCCAGGAAGCAACAACACGUUUUGACAUAGAGUAUAUUGAGCUGAACGUGACGAACAGCAGUGCUACAUCAUCCUUCCUUCCAUCCUUCACCCUCCCUGCAUCCAGCUCGCCUCCCACCUACUUCCCUCCUACGUCGACUUCCCAAAGCCAUCAUUCGGCUUCGAGUGGGACGAUUGCAGGAGCGGUUGUUGGAUCAGUGCUCGGUGUGUGUGCAAUCGGUGUCGUAGCUGGCCUCUUCUACCGAAAGCGGAAUCGAGGGCAGUUGAGGAGGCUAAGUAUGAAGAUGAAAAGGCCAGAUACGAUUAGACGAGGACGAUGAUAUUACAAGAUCAUAUAUUGUAGUAGACGUGAGUGAGCAAGGAGUGAUGAAGCGUUGAUGCUCGCUAUCGAUUCAAGCAUACACGCUAGUGGCUACAGCAGCCUAUAUCAUACGGAAAUAUCGAUGUCUUCGUG